CUCUCUGUUGAAUGAAGAGAAGAUAUUUUUAAGAAGUAAUCUGUUGGAUCGGCUCAAUCUCUCAAUUCACAAUCAAAAAUGGGUUCAAUGGGAAAUUUUUUCGACUCCGUUGGUUCUUUCUUCUCCGGCGGCGACAAAAUCCCAUGGUGCGAGCGAGAUGUCAUCGUUGGGUGUGAGAAAGAGGUGAAGGAGUCCACUACUAAUGGUGACUCUGAAGAUAAGAAGAAAGAGAGCAUUAUGCGUUUAUCUUGGGCUCUUGUUCAUUCUCGCCAAGCUGAAGAUAUCCAGCGUGGUAUUGACAUGCUCGAAGCUUCUCUAGCAACCAGUAGCCCUCCUUUGGAAGACCGAGAGAAGCUUUAUCUUCUUGCUGUUGGAUAUUACCGGACUGGAGAUUACUCUAAGAGCAGGCACCUCGUGAUUCAACCUGAUUGGAGGCAAGCUUUGGUCUUGAAGAAAACCAUUGAAGACAAGAUCGCCAAGGAUGGUGUUAUUGGGAUAGGCAUCACGGCAACAGCCGUUGGCCUCAUAGCUGGUGGAAUCGCUGCAGCUUUGGCUCGCAAGAAAUGACCUAGUUUUUCCUCAGAUUCUGUGUGCAUACAAUGAGAAGAUGCUAUUAAGCUUUUAAACAAGUUUUGUUUUUCCAGCCUUGGAUUGGAUUUUUAAGUUGUUUUACAUAAUCGUUACCUUAUCUUAUGUGCUCUGCUCAUAUAAUGAUUCUCCCACGCAUAUAUCCCAAAGCUGUGAUUUGAAACCAAUCAACAUCUUUAUUGUAACUUUGUUAGCGUUGUGUUUUGAAGAAAGAUUUGAUCUGUA